UUCUCGCCGGUUUGGUCGUCCGUCGUCCAACUGCCGGAGCGCGCGUGCAUGGCGGCGGCGGCGGGGACGGGGACUAGGGGGAUGCGGGCGCUGGCCAUGCUGGGGCGGUGCGUGCGGGCGCCGUUCCGCGUGCUGGUGCGCGCGCGCGACCUGUACGUGAGCCGGAUGGCGGCGUGCGCCGGCGGCGGCGGGAGGGGCGCGGCGCCGGUGGGGCUGGUCGCGGUGCCGCGGUGCCAGAGCCACGGGUUCUACCGGUCGGCGGGGAGCAGCACCGACGACGACAUACGCGAGCUCAUCCGGGCGGCCUCCCGCGCCGGCCCGCCCAGGGCCAGGGCCACCGGCGUCGGCCCGCGGAGCCGCAGCGCGGCCGUCGGGAGGAUCGACGAGGACCGGCCGUGCGAGUUCGGCGGCCUCGACGCCAGGACGCUAGUCAUGGCUCCCAAGAGCAAGAGCUGCACCGUCGGGCCAACCGCCCGGACGGCGCACCGGGUUGGCCCCACCGCUUGAUCCACAUCGCCGGACUGAUCCAUCGCGCGCGGUGCACGCACCAUGGCACCACGCGCAGUAACUUGUCAUGUGUCAUUGAAAUCGAAACAAGAGCGUGAGCGUCACAUCUGUUUAUGCACUAUUUAAUUCAUUCAAGAGCAAAUUACGUAAAUAUACGGUUCGAAAACUAUUUUCAAAAAUGGCUUGUUUACUCUUGCCACCCCGAAGGCGUGAACAUUCUUCAUCUCCAUACAAGAAGGACUGGCCCGGAGGUCCCUAUUACCUAGGGAUAGGGAUGAGAACAGGUCGGGUUCGGAGCAGGCAGACCAAUUACCCGCUCAUUAACUAGAAAGCUACAAGCAGAUAAAAAGUUACACGGACUCUAGUUUGUUUCCGAAUCUAUCUGCAUGCUUUUAGAUCAAUCGGACUCCUUUUUCAAUCCGAUUCAUACUCCAUCAGCUGAAUCCAAGUGGUUUUAUUACACCUUUUCUUCAGUCCGAUUACUCUUCUUUCUUGUCCGAUUCGGUCAUUUUUGCUGAUUCUUCAGCGGU